CCCACACCUGAUCCAGCUCACCUCCCAUCAAAACAAUACCUUCCCUCGAAUUUAGAGAGAAAAUAUUCGAAGAAUCGAUUCACAGCAUCACCAGAACACACUGAUAUCGUUUUUCCUACACAUAUCUCAUCAAAUUCGGUCUCGCAAACGAAGAAGAUGGAGAAUCCAGUGAAGGAGAUAUCCGGGGUAAUCCACCUACUCACACAAUCCCCUCCAUCGAUCCAGCGCGAGACAAUCGACACUUAUUUCACGCCUGACGCGACUUUCACGCAUCCCUUCUGCCGGACAGGUAGCUGGGAUAACUCGCGGUUCUUGAUCCAGGUGAUUUAUCGAUGGUACAAGAUCAUGAGUCCGAGAAUUGAAAUGACUGUGAAUUCGAUAGCCUUCGACGAACCGAACUCAACCCUCUACAUCUCGCUCCACCAAAUCUUCCGCAUCCGCGUCAUCCCUUUGCACGCCUCGCCCGUAAACCUAACUACAGUCUUAACUCUCCGCUUCAACCGCGGCGACGAAAAAUACUACAUCGCCUCGCAAAACGAUCUCUACCAAGUUAACGAAUUCUUCAGGUUUCUGUUCCCGUUUGGGUGGGUGUUGGUGUGGGUGUGGCAGGUUUGCGCCACGCUGUUUUGCUUGCUGGGGGCGCUGGUUUUGGCGCCUGUUUCUUGGAUCGAGGAAAAGGGGUGGGAAGGGAGUGAGAGUGGCGGGUAUGGGGUUGUCAAGGGGAGUCGGUUGGGGGAGAUUGUGGGGAGGGGGAAGGGGAGGUUAGAUGGUGAGGGCGGGUUGUUGGUUGAUGGGGAUGGAGAGGGAGAGGGAGGGAAGAAGAAGGGGAAGAUGGUUGAUGGUUGAUGGGGAGGGAAGUUAGCUCAUUGUUUUCUGGGAAUUGGCUUGAUGAUACCUUGUUCUUGAUUAUUCUGCCAGUUAAAUGGUCAAGCUGAUAUGCUAUUGACCAGACCUCUUUUGUACCGCAAUGUCGUCAUCUAUUUUAGUGUGUUGCUUGUUCAGCUUCAAAGGCCUUCUUAUCUCUCGAGAAACAUCCAGUCGAGCAAUCCAAUCCUCACGUACAUCCAUCUAAUCAUCACUGAAGUCUCACUUGCCAGCUAGCUACAUCAUAUCGAACAGAUAACCCCAUGGUAUGCAGAACAAUAAUCCCAAUAUCAAGUUAACCAAUCAACGAACAAUAUCACGAAUCAACACGAUCAGCAUGUGUCCAAUGAAGCACCACUCUAACCCAUCUUCUGCAUUCCCCUAUCUAUCCUCUCACACCCACUCACCCUCCUCGCCAAGCAACGACAACAACUCAUCCAACACCACAGAAUCACAAAAACCAGAAACACCCAACCACAUCCACCAAACAACCGCAACCCAAAAGCCCACGUACACAUGCCCCACUCCCCAUCAUCUCCAUCCAUCCCAAUCCAACUCCCCCCAAGAAAAGAAAUGACACCAUAAUACCAACACGAUAAGCUCUAUUUGAAAAAGACCAACCCAGACCUCUCUCCCAAGCCACCACAUAAACCCCCCGCCCCUCUCCAUGAGCGAGCUGAACGGCCCAACCUCCCUCGUUCUCU